UCUCGCUCUAUCCUCAAAUAUCUAGUCGUUCAUCUCUUAACAUUAUAGGACAUGAACACGGAUGGGAAGAUGGUGCGACGCGACUGAAAGUGCGGUGUUUGACGCGAUGUGUGACUUGAGACUCGCGCUGCUGCUUGUGUUUGGCGCGUGUCUGUUCGGUGACUGCGGUGCGAUGAGCCGCAGCAUCAGGACCACUUCAGUCCAGGAUCACAAACACGGGACUCCACUUUUCAAAAAGAUGUUGGAUGAAACCAAGACACAUCAGAUAAAGUCAGACCAUCUUCUGCGUGUCAAUGAUCAUGAUUUCACCAUGAGACCAGCAUUUGCAGGUCCAGCAGUGCCAGUGGGUGUAGAUGUGCAGGUGGAGAGUUUGGACAGUAUCUCAGAAGUGGAUAUGGACUUCACCAUGACUCUCUACCUGAGACACUACUGGAAGGACGAGCGUCUGUCUUUUCCCAGUAAAACCAAUAAAAGCAUGACCUUUGAUGGACGCUUGGUGAAGAAGAUCUGGGUGCCUGAUGUGUUCUUUGUCCACUCCAAACGAUCCUUCAUCCACGACACCACCACAGAGAAUAUCAUGAUCAGAGUUUAUCCUGAUGGCAAAGUUCUCUACAGUCUGAGGGUGACUGUAACAUCAGCAUGUAAUAUGGAUUUCAGCCGAUUCCCACUGGACACACAGACAUGCACGCUAGAGCUGGAGAGCUACGCCUACACUGAUGAAGACCUGAUGCUCUACUGGAAGAGUGGAGAUGAAUCACUGAGUAUAGAUGACAAGAUCUCGCUCUCUCAGUUCCUCAUUCAGAAGUUUCACACCACCUCCAGACUGGCCUUCUACAGCAGCACAGGUUGGUACAAUCGUCUCUACAUCAACUUUACUCUCCGGCGUCAUAUCUUCUUCUUCCUGCUACAGACGUAUUUUCCAGCCACGCUAAUGGUCAUGUUAUCAUGGGUGUCUUUCUGGAUCGACCGGCGAGCCGUUCCUGCCAGGGUCUCUUUAGGUAUUACCACGGUGCUCACCAUGUCUACCAUCAUCACCGGAGUAAACGCCUCAAUGCCCCGAGUGUCUUACAUCAAAGCUGUAGACAUUUACUUGUGGGUCAGCUUUGUCUUUGUGUUUCUGUCGGUUCUCGAGUAUGCGGCUGUGAACUAUUUAACCACGGUGAUUGAUGGGAAAGAUCGCAAGUUAAGAGAGAAGCGUGUCUCCUGCACAUCUGAUGCGCCCCACACAAAAUCUAUCAGGUUAGAUGGAGCCAACGGUAAACCUAAUAGUAACGGUCUGGCAGGAUUUACCCAGACUGCCGUCUCCUGUGAGGAUGAGACGGAGAAACAGGGCCGCAUGGUUGUUCAUCUGUCUUUGGAAAGUGAAGGCGCAGGAGCCAAGAAGAAAUCCCUCCGUGGUCUCAGUAUUAUCCAAAACACUCAUGUUAUCGACGCUUACUCGCGAAUGAUCUUUCCAGGAGCUUUUAUAUUCUUCAAUCUCAUUUACUGGUCUGUGUACUGCUGAUGUGCCUUUGUGUUUGUCGUAUUAAAAAUGUUUUUAGAUAUACA